UCUUGCCCAAUAAUCUCCACUCUCUUUUUUGGCUUCAAUGUUUUUUAAUUUGUCUUGUUCUCAAAAUAUCUUGGAUUGGAAUCUUAGCAAUGUUGGGUGGGGGGUUAAACUUGAAAGAAAAUAUACAUGGCUUUAUUUGAAAGAAAUUGCUAUUGAACUAACUAGUCUUUGUCAGUUGUUUAUAAUUCUCCCUUAGAAAAUAAGCGAUAAGACUCAAAUCAGUUUCUACAAAGUGUCAAACCGACUUGCUACCAAGAUUGAUGUUAUAAGGGGCUACUUAGCUUUUGACUUUUGCAUUGGCUUAAGCUUUGGCAGUAUGCUUAUUAUUUUAAUCCUUUCCAUGACAAUAUUAUCAUGACUAAAAAAUAGUUAACUUAUCGUCAAUAAAAUACUCAUUACCGUCAUCUGAUUUGUUUCGGUUCCCAUGUCUUUUGGUUUCCAUUUGUUAAUUUUUUUUCUUUCUGUAUAUGUAGCUCCUUUGCAGACUCUAUAGUCUAUAGCUGUUUAAUGCUUUAGAUGUUGAUGAAGAAACAGUCUAUGUCUGAACUUGGGAUAAAAAAAAAAAAAUUAAAUGGCAAUAUGCUUUUUAGCAUUAUUGUUAGUAUGAUGCUUGCUUUCAAGAACAAGUUCUCAAAAUUUUGACUUCUAGCUGGUCCCAGAAGUAUCAUAAUCCAUCAUCCAUGUUACCUUGGUCGGUCCUGUGGAAAUCUGCCUUGUCUGUUGCAAUUACUUGGCCUGCUCCAUUUUGCUUUUUAUUAUCUCCCAGGAGGCAGAAAAGGGUGACGUAUAUGGUGGAAUAAACAAAGUCUAGCUGGCAAUUUUAACCGCUAAUGUCUUGAAUGAGUUCACCCAUGGCAAGCAAGAAAAAGUGAGCAAGACUGAGUUCAAAGAGGUUCUCUCAGACAUUCUUUUGGGCAUGGCUGCUGGACUGAAGCGAGACCCUAUUGUUAUACUCCGCAUUGAUGGGGAAGAUUUCCUUGAGUUUGUUAAUGGUCCAAGCUAUGAAGCUGAAAUGACAUCCAUUUUCUCUCAGAUUGAGUCGCCAAGUGGGUCACUUCACGAACAUGUAAUUGAAGCUUUUGGGAGACUGUCUGUUGAUCAAGGAAUUCCUCCCACCUCAGAUUCUUGGGUUUUCAACAACAUUGUGGAUCCAGCACUGUCUCAAGCUGGCCCUACUUUGGACAAGCCUGUGGCUCAAGAGACAUUUUUGGAAGAAUUUAAGAAAGUGGCAUUGAAUGUAGUUGAAUUUCUUAAAGAGAAACCCGUCAUUGUUGCCCACAGUGAAAACACAUUUGAUGGACGCGGCAUCAAGAGACUUUUAUCCAACAAGUUUGAACUAGACAGGACAUUGAACUUAGCUUUAGACAAUCUGCCAAAAGAUCACAAUGGAAAAAUAUCAAAGGACUAUUUGCGGGUGGCACUAGAUCUGGUGUCCCCAUCUGCUGGUUUACCUCCAGUUGGUGCAAUUGAAGAGAUGGAUAAGAUUAUUAGUGAAGCCUUUAAGAUGGUGAAUGCGGAUGACACAAAGACGGUUAAAGAAGACGAAUUCAAGAAAAUUUUAACUGAAAUACUGGGGAGUAUCAUGUUGCAGUUAGAGGGCAAUCCCAUAUCUGUUUCUUCAAAUUCAGUUGUGCAUGAGCCUUUAGGCUCAUCUUCUAUACUCUUGCAGCCAUCUUCUAGUGAAACAGCAUAAUUGUCUCAUGUUUAAGACCGGCCAAAAACUAAAUACAAUAAAAAAAAUUUAUUGAUGCAAUUUGUUACAGACAUAGUUUGUCUUUUGAGAAGUAACUUCCACUUUGUAUGCAGUUGGAUUAUUUAUAAAUUUGAAAAAUUAUAGAAUGCCAUGGAAAGGAAAAAAAUCAAACUGUUAA